CCCAGUAUUGUUUUUUUUUAUCGCUGAUUUGUCAGACAAUUAAAGCCCAAACUGCAUCACAAAAUGUCGCUCCACACUCAGGCCACAUCUCUUCCCUCCCCUCUGAUCUGUAAACUUUCAGAAGGUAGGCUGUGCUCUGACUGCCUAUGAGGAGAGCAGGAGCAAAACCUGCCAGCCCCUCAAUUUUCUCCACUUCCUGUACUCAAGCAACUGCAUCCCAAAAGAGGGAAAAAGUAGGAAAUAUCCUGCAAACGGUUCUAAAUAAGGCGUCCCGACGAACCGCUCGCGCUCGGCGCGUCUGCUCCCGGUUUACUGACUAUCACGAAUGUGAAGACUUCUUUUACACGGUUUUUCUUACUGAUUAUUGAUCGUUAUGGUCGUUAUUGAUUGACUAUACGAGAGGAAACGGCGAUUAGGGUUCAAAUUAGACCGACUUUUACCGGACAGGGCGCAUGGGAUAAGGAAUAUUUAACAACAACAAAAAAAUCCCGCUUGAAGCCAUAUCUAAAGAAGGUUAAACCGUCAAAUGUAUUGGAAAAAUGAGGCUUUGGCCCCUCUAUCAGAGGGAAAUCAGUUUCUAUCCGAAGGAAUUCCCUCAAAACAGGUGAUCUCUCCAGACUCGCACAGCACACCGGGAGCCUCGCGCUGCGUGGACGCGCAACACGGACACGCGAUGUCACAGUCUGACGGAGAAUCUCACAGAUCUAAUAUGGAGAAAGAGGACACGCGCUCUUCGCCCAGUCCUCCGUCGACUCCGUCCAUCUGCUCGCCCCCGUCCAGCGCCUCGUCCGUGCCGUCCACCGGGAAGAACGUGUGCGCGAGCUGCGGGCUCGAGAUCCUCGACCGAUAUCUGCUCAAGGUUAAUAAUCUGAUCUGGCACGUGAGGUGUCUGGAAUGUUCCGUGUGCAGGACUUCACUACGUCAACACAACAGCUGCUACAUUAAAAACAAGGAAAUCUUCUGUAAAAUGGAUUAUUUCAGGUUUGGUACAAAGUGUGCCCGCUGUGGCCGGCAGAUCUACGCCAGCGACUGGGUCCGGCGAGCCAGGGGCAAUGCCUACCAUCUGGCCUGCUUCGCCUGCUUCUCCUGCAAACGCCAGCUGUCCACAGGCGAGGAGUUCGGGCUGGUGGAGGAGAAAGUACUGUGUCGGAUCCAUUACGACACAAUGGUGGAGAACCUGAAACGGGCCGCUGAGAGUGGAAGCGGACUCACUCUGGAGGGGGCGGUGCCGUCGGAACAGGAUAGUCAACCGAAACCGGCCAAAAGGGCACGGACGUCCUUCACUGCGGAACAACUGCAGGUAAUGCAGGCACAGUUUGCACAGGACAACAACCCUGACGCACAGACCCUGCAGAAGUUGGCAGACAUGACAGGAUUGAGUAGACGAGUCAUACAGGUUUGGUUUCAAAACUGCAGAGCGAGACAUAAAAAGCACACUCCACAGCACGGCGGCCCACCUCAAGCUCACCCGCAGGCCCGCAUGCCCCCCUCACUGCCCGACGAGCUGCAUUACUCCCCUUUCGGCAGUCCUGAGAGAGCGCGCAUGGUGGCCCUGCACGGGUACAUCGAAAGUCAUCCGUUCUCGGUGCUCACUUCACAGAGCCUCCCUCAUCAGGCCAUGACGCUGCCGCAGCUCCCUCUCAGCCGCUAGCGCUCGCACUGACCCCCGACCCCUUCACCCUGACCUUGCAAUCACUCCUGCGCCGACCCCACAGGCUGAAGGAGAAGGUCACGGUACCACUUGCUCUUGACCUCUGAACUCGCAAGGAGAGAGACUGCUUCCUCUCUGGUUUCGCCGGACGGGAUUUUACUCGCUUGCAUCUAGUCGCGGAUGGUUAAGG